CGCCAAGAGCCGAGCGCUCGGCUGGGCGCAAACUCCGCCUGUGGUGCGGAGGAGUGUGGCGCGAGAGCCCCGGGGAGGGUGCGUCUGCUCGGGACCUGAACGCAGCGUGGAGGACCCGGGUAGCUGGUGACGAUGGCGGGCUCGCAGCCUUGGGCCCUGCAGCUGGAACAGCUGUUGAAUCCGAAUCCGCGCGAGGCGGAUCCUGAGGCCGACCCGGAGGAAGCCACUGCUGCCAGAGUGAUUGACAGGUUUGAUGAAGGGGAAGAUGAGGAAAGUGAUUUCCUGGGUGUGAGUAGCAUCAGAAAACUGGCAUCAUCCUCCCUCUUGGACACAGACAAAAGGUAUUCUGGCAAGACCACUUCUAGGAAAGCUUGGAAGGAAGACCAGUGGCAACAGUCUCUGCCAGAUUCAUCUGACAAAGAAAUACCUGAUGAAGAAGGAUCUGGAGAUGAUAUAUCAGAGGGCCUGGACUUGGAAGAAUCUGAGGAGGAGAGCCUCAGUGCCUCUGAGGAGCAGGAUACUGAGGAUGAUGCGAAGAGCAACCUGGCCAGAAGGAAGAAGAGCAGAAACCACUCUGCAGAAGUGCCAGGCUUCAGUUUCCAGAGCAUUAGUGACUUUGAGAAGUUUACAGAAGGAAUGGAUGAUCUUGGGAGCAGUGAAGAGGAAGAAGAGGAAGAGGAAGAGAGUGGCAUGGAAGAAGGGGAUGUCGAGGAAGACUUGGAUGCUGAGAGUGAGGAAGACAAGGCAGGAGACAGGAACAGUGAAGAUGAUGGUGUAGUGAUGACCUUCUCCAGUGUGAAAGUUUCUGAAGAAGUAGAGAAAGGAAGAGCUGUCAAGAACCAGAUUGCACUGUGGGACCAGCUCUUGGAAGGAAGGAUUAAACUACAAAAAGCUCUGUUGACCACCAAUCAGUUGCCUCAGCCAGAUGUUUUCCCUGUUUUCAAAGACAAAGGUGGCCCAGAAUUUGUCAGCGCUCUAAAAAAUAGUCACAAGGCACUUAAAGCGUUGUUGAGGUCUUUGGUGGACCUUCAGGAAGAGUUGCUCUUCCAGAACUCAGACACUAGAUAUCUGGUAGAUGGGACAAAACCCAAGGCAGAAAGUGAAGAGAUUUCUAGUGAAGAGGAUGAGCUAGUAGAGGAGAAGAAGAAGCAGAGGAAGGCCCCUCCAAAGAGGAAGUUAGAAAUGGAAGACUAUCCCAGUUUCAUGGCAAAGCGCUUUGCAGAUUUUACAGUAUAUAGAAAUCGCACACUACAGAAAUGGCACGAUAAAACCAAGCUGGCUUCUGGAAAACUGGGGAAGGGUUUUGGUGCCUUUGAACGCUCGAUCUUAACUCAGAUUGAUCAUAUUCUGAUGGACAAAGAAAGAUUACUCCGAAGGACACAGACCAAGCGCUCUGUCUACCGAGUUCUUGGCAAACCAGAACCAGCACCUCAGCCUGUCCCAGAGAGUUUACCAGAACGGGAGAUUGUUCCUGAAGUCCCUGCCAAUGCACAUCUGAAGGACUUAGAUGAAGAAAUAUUUGAUGAUGAUGACUUUUACCAUCAGCUUCUUCGAGAACUCAUAGAACGGAAGACCAGCUCCUUGGAUCCCAAUGAUCAGGUGGCUAUGGGAAGGCAGUGGCUUGCGAUCCAGAAACUACGAAGCAAGAUCCGAAAGAAGGUAGAUAGGAAAGCCAGCAAAGGAAGGAAACUAAGGUUUCAUGUCCUCAGCAAGCUCCUCAGCUUCAUGGCACCUAUUGACCACACUACCAUGAAUGAUGAUGCCAGGACCGAGUUGUACCGAUCUCUUUUUGGUCAGCUCAACCCUCCCGACCCAGGCCAUGGGGAUUGACAUCACCUGCCCCCUCACUGCAGGUCCUGAGGCUGGACCUCCACUACCGAAAUCCACCUGGCCACCAGUCCAAACAGAGGCAGCAUGAUGCGGUGGCUCUGAGUUCCUGGGGAAUCCCUGGGAAUGUGCCCUGCUUGGAAUGUGCCUCAUACGUGGGGAGACAGAGCCCCCAAGACCUGCAGCCAUCACCACCGUGCAUGAUUUCUCAAACAGCAUAGAGACACAUUCACUGGAAGGAUUUUUACUUUUCUAGUCAACUGGCUUCCUCGUACAGUAUAAAACUGUACAUUUUCUUUA